AUGCUGCUCUCCAGCUUCCUCUUGUUGUUCGCCUUAGCGCCCUGUUUCUCACAGGCAACGGCACUAAACUCGAUUUCAUCUAAUAAUGGAAGACUUGCACCGCUGAAGAAAGCAACAACUGCCAGCCCCAGCUCACUCAUCGUGGAGUAUUACGAAGCCGGGCCCUCUAGCGGUCCAGCUGUCAUUCUGGUCCACGGGUUUCCAUACUCAAUCGAUGCCUUUGUUUCAGUCGUACCCUUGCUUGUCAACCAGGGCUAUCGAGUCAUUGUGCCUUACCUCCGCGGCUAUGGUGGAACCCGAUUUGUUCAUCCCGACACCCUGCGCAGUGCCGAACAGGCUGCUUUGGGGUACGACAUUAUUGCACUGAUGGAUGCCAUUCAUCUCGACACCGCAAUUUGUGCUGGAUAUGACUGGGGCACUGUCGCCGUGAAUGUAGCAACAGCGUUAUGGCCCGAACGCUGCACUCGCAUGGUGGCAGCCAACAGCUACCUCAUUCAGAACCGCUCUACAGCCUGGCAACCCAGUGACCCCAACUCAGAGGCCACCAAAUGGUAUUACUACCUUUUCCUCACUCCGCGCGGGGCAGCAGGUCUUGCGGAAGCCCCCAAGGAAUGGACACAGACGCUGUGGGAGAAAAAUUCCGUGGGAUGGAAUUUCACCGAAGAGUAUCUAGACCUCACGGUCACUUCCUUGCUCAAUCCAGACUUUGUUGAUAUCGCGGUCAAUUUCUACCGAAACAGACUCCUCUAUGCACCUGGUGACCCGGCCUUUGUUGACCUGGCAGAUAAGUUGGACCAUCAACCUCCCAUCACCGUUCCGUCUGUGACCCUGGAUCCCGAAAACAGUGUCGUUUUGACACCAAAUAACGGGUCAGCAACGGCGAAAUUUUUCACUGGACCACGCUGUCAUUAUCAGAUUCCUGAUGUUGGGGAGAAUAUACCAUACCAGGCGCCUAAGACAUUUGCGAAUGCGAUUAUGGAAGUUUCACGUCUGAGUGCUUCCAAUACCAAGUGUGGUGGCAUCUUCUGA